AUGUCUUCUCCAUCUCAGCAGGACUCGCAGAAGCGAGACGAAUCUCAGGCUCCUCAGUCUCCUGGUCAGGGCCAGAACCAGCAGGAGCAGGGUAACGAUAGCAACCCUUUCAACCAAAACCAGAACGAGGGUCAGCAAGAGGAUCAGAAUCAGAACCAGGGCCUGGGACAAGAGGCUCAACAGCAACAGCAACAGCCAGGUCAAGAGUCUGAGUCCAAGCCUGACGAUGCUAAGGACGAGUCUAAGCCCGACACCGAGAACGCAAAGGCUGAGACACCCGGCGACAAGGAGGGCAAGCCUGAGCAACCUGGUCAGGACAAGCCCGAAGAGCCCAAGGCUGAAGAGUCAAAGCCUGAUGACUCCAAGCCAGAGGAAUCUAAGCCCGAGGACUCAAAGCCUGAAGAGGCCAAGGCAGACGACAAGAAGCCCGAGGAAGUAAAGAAAGAGGAGGACGAGGCCGACUCCGAGCCAGAGCAAGCAAAGGCUGAGGCCCAAAAGACCGCUCAAGAGGCCAAGCCCAAGCAGAAGCGCCAGCCCGUCAAGGAGGAGAGCGAGUCCGAGGACGACUCUGAAGACGACGACGACGAUGACUUUGACUCUGAAGAUGACUCCGAAGAAGACUCGGAGGAAGAUUCCGAAGACGACGAGUCAGAGUCCGAGUCCGAAGAGGAGAACGAGCCCGCCACACCUCCCCAGCAGGCUGAGCCAGGCCGCAAGGGCGGAAGACGCGGGAACGCAAAGGCCGCCGAUGUAAGACGUCGACGCCCCGCAUGGCUCGACGAAGAAUCUGACGAUGAGGGCCGCAAACAGUUUUCGAAGCAAGACCAGCAGUUGCAGCAGCAGCGCCAACAGCAGCAGAUGCAACAGCAACAGCAGCAACAACAGCAACAGCAACAGAUGCAACAGCAGCAGCAGCAGGGAGGCGGCGGUAAGAGUGACGCCCUCAGCUUGCAUCUCGAGCUUAACCUCGAGAUCGAAAUCGAGCUCAAGGCUAGAAUCCACGGUGAUCUCACACUGGCACUACUUGUCGUUGCAAGCGGGAGAUCUACCGCAAGCGAUGAUGGCGAUGAGGCUGAGGCUGGUGAUGAGGCUCGGGUGGCACACACGGGAACGGAAACGAACGGAUCCAAGCUUUUGGGUUUCGGGUUCGUGCUUCUGAAGCGAACCAACGGAAUGGAUCUCGUGAUGGGACGGGAGUGA